AAGAGUCAAAGACUCGUUGUAAAACAUCCUCAGCUAUCCAAGACCUAUCAUAUGGUAGUACAGAAACCAUUCUCUCAAAAAACGAUCAAGAUGGAAAUUUAUGUAAUAUCAAAACCGUUCCCUUGGGGAACGAUCGAGAUGUAAAUUUAUCAUGUGAUACAAAGACUAUUAGUUCAGAAAUAUCUAAAUUAGAGCAAGAUGUCGAGUUUGAUAAAAAUGAAAUCGUAGAGCAGGGUUUGAUUGAAGAAUUAUAUUUAUCUACUGAUAAGCAAUGCCUCAUUGAUUCCACUGUUGAUUCUGCUAUAGGUAAUACCAACUCUACAGAAAAUAAAGGUCCAGCUCAACAUCUAUCUUAUUUAUUUAAAACGGCAAUCAAAUCUCGACAACAGGAAAUCUUAAACUGGUAUUAUUAUUCCCUUGAAUUUGAAAACAGGGUUCAUGUUAUUACAGCUGAUGGUAAGAUCAAAGACAAAACAGCAAGAACGAUGAUUUAUAAAGAAAUGAAACCGUUUCUUCCUAAUAUCACUCAAGAUAACUUGCGUAAAAAAACUCUUAGAGCUAGAAAACUUCUUAUGUUAUUCGGAGAAAAUGGUGUCGGAAUAGAUAAAAUUAAGCUGAUUACAUAUAGUGCGAAUGAGAUUUCAAAAUUGACUAAUGUACAAAUUCAGAAUAUUAUAGAUCAAGUGAAAUCGAAAACCGUUCCCCCGGGGAACGAUCAAGUUUUAUCAGAAACCAAGGUAAAUAUUAUAACCACUUCCUCUAAUUCGAUAAGUGAAGAGAUUGAUCGAGAUUCUGAUCCAUCAGAAGUCAAGAUACAGGUAAGUGCACCCGAUGACUCGCGGAAUGGGGAUGCUAUUGCAUCUAAAGAUUCCAACUAUGAAUACAAUUUUGAAGAUUCCUUCGAUAACAACGAAGAUGAUUCACGGAGCGAGGAUGCUAAUGCGUCUAAAGAUGAUGAUGG